UCUUUUCCUUCUCUCUCUCUCUCUGCACAUUAGUUUGGUUUCCUUUAUUUCCUGGGUUUCUGCAGGCUAAGCUACCCACUAUAUAGUUACUAAUGUCCGGAGAGGAUCACAUGAAUCUAUCUAUAAAUGGUCAGUCUCAGGUCCCUCCAGGCUUUCGCUUCCAUCCAACCGAAGAGGAGCUUCUUCACUACUAUCUCAGGAAGAAAGUUGCUUAUGAGAGGAUUGAUCUCGACGUCAUUCGGGAGGUUGAUCUUAACAAGCUCGAGCCAUGGGACAUUCAAGAGAAGUGCAAGAUAGGUUCCACCCCGCAGAACGAUUGGUACUUCUUCAGCCACAAGGACAAGAAAUACCCCACAGGUACUCGAACAAAUCGUGCAACUGCUGCCGGAUUCUGGAAAGCCACCGGCCGUGACAAGAUCAUCUACAGUGGAAUUCGAAGAAUCGGAUUGAGAAAGACGCUUGUGUUUUACAAGGGACGAGCUCCUCACGGACAGAAGUCAGAUUGGAUCAUGCAUGAAUACAGACUUGACGAAAGCAGCAGCUGUCUUGACACCACAGUUUCUAAUUCGAUUGGGGAGUCAAUGGCCGAAGACGGAUGGGUCGUUUGCAGGGUUUUCAAGAAGAAGAACUACCAGAAAGCCUUGGAGAGCCCUAAACCCUCCUUAUCUAUGGACUCGCCAAACAACCAGAUUCUACCGGGUUCAAGAAACGAUGGUGUUCUUGAUCAGAUUCUGCUGUACAUGGGAAGAAAUACUUGCAAGAUCGAAAACCAUGACUUACUUCAUGAUAGGUUCAUGCAUCUUCCACGUCUUGAGAGCCAAACUUCUCUUGGCUCACUUCCAGUCCAGUUUGAUCACGAUCGUAGAUUCAAAGUUUGUUAUCAUGAUCAGACCAUUGAUGAAAUGCUCAUAGAAGCUGAUCAACAACAACAACAACCGUCUCCAACAAACCAAUCCAACGACCCGGCUGAUGAUCAUGAUCAUGAUGACCCCAAAACAAGAAUCGUAAAUGACUGGGCUACCCUCGAUCGUCUCGUGGCCUCUCAACUCAAUGGCCAUGACGACGAGACCUCAAAGCACUUGUCCUGCUUCGGUGACCCUAACAUGACCUUUUGUUCGUCUCCUCCUUCCAAUGAUGAGGACUUACAGUUGUCGUAUCCAUACCUACGUCAAGGUAGAAUUUCAAACAAUCAAUCCGAAGUCUUCAACAGUGAGAACGAUCUGUGGAGCUUCACAAAAUCGUCGUCGUCGCCGUCAUCAUCAGACCCAUUAUGCCAUCUGUCGGUAUGAAGGAAGCAGGACCUAACCAAGCUCGAUCCAAACGACAUAUAUAUACAUGUACUAUGAUAGGAAGUAUAUAAUAUGUUGUUUACUGUUUACUGAAGAUACUUGUAUCCAUCGCAAGAGAAUAAAUUAGGUACA